AUGUUGAGAUCAUUCACCAAAACUGCAAUUAACGUGAAAUCAACCUCCCAGUUGAGAUUUUUCACUGCAUCUGCUAUUUCCUUCAAGGAUACCAGAACCGAAACUGAUGCUUUUGGUCCAAUUGAAGUGCCAAAUGACAAAUACUAUGGUGCUCAGACAGCUAGAUCUAAGAUGAACUUCAAAAUUGGUGGCCCAGCUGCUCGUAUGCCAAUUCCAGUCGUUAGAGCUUUUGGUAUUCAAAAGAAAUCAGCCGCUCAGGUUAACGAAGCUUUGGGCCAAUUGGACCCAAAGAUCUCCAAAGCAAUCCAACAAGCAGCUACUGAAGUUGCUGAAGGUAAAUUGGAUGAUCAUUUCCCAUUGGUUGUUUUCCAAACUGGUUCCGGUACUCAGUCCAACAUGAAUGCCAACGAAGUCAUUUCCAACAGAGCUAUUGAAAUUUUGGGUGGUGAGUUGGGAUCUAAAAAGCCAGUCCAUCCAAAUGACCACUGUAACAUGUCGCAAUCCUCAAACGAUACUUUCCCAACUGUUAUGCACAUUGCUGCUGUUACUGAGAUCAAAGAGUCUUUGAUCCCAUCAUUGACCAAAUUGCGCGAUUCAUUACAAGCAAAAGCCGAUGAAUUCAAAGAUAUCAUCAAAAUUGGUAGAACUCAUUUGCAAGAUGCCACCCCUUUGACCUUGGGACAAGAGUUUUCUGGCUACACACAACAACUUACCAAUGGUAUCGAGAGAGUCCAAAAUGCUUUACCUCAUUUGUUGUACUUGGCCCAAGGUGGUACUGCUGUUGGUACUGGUCUCAACACUAAAGUUGGUUUUGACGCCAAAUUUGCUGAAGCUGUUUCUGCAUUGACUGGGUUUGAAUUCCAAACUGCUCCAAACAAAUUUGAAGCAUUGGCCGCCCAUGACGCUAUUGUUGAAGCAUCUGGUGCUCUUAACACCAUUGCUGCAUCAUUGUUCAAGAUUGCCAACGAUAUCAGAUACUUGGGAUCAGGUCCAAGAUGUGGAUACGGAGAAUUGUCUUUACCAGAAAACGAGCCAGGUUCGUCAAUCAUGCCUGGUAAGGUUAACCCAACUCAAAAUGAAGCUUUGACUAUGGUUGCUUGUCAAGUCUUUGGUAACAAUGCUGCUAUCACUUUUGCUGGUGCUUCAGGACAAUUUGAGUUGAAUGUUUUCAAACCAGUUAUGAUUGCUAACUUGUUGUCUUCAAUUCGCUUAGUUGCUGAUGGUGCCAACUCAUUUAGAGAACAUUGUGUUGACGGCAUUGUUGCCAACAAGGACAAGAUUGAAAAGACCUUGCACGAGUCUUUGAUGUUGGUUACUGCUUUGAACCCAAAGAUUGGUUAUGAUGCUGCUUCUAAAGUUGCCAAGAAUGCUCACAAGAAAGGAUUGACCUUGAAGCAAUCUGCCUUGGAAUUGAAUGCUUUGAGCAGUGAAGAGUUUGACGAAUGGGUCAGACCAGAAUUGAUGAUUGGUCCAAAGUAG